AUGAAUGAUUUUUCAAUUUUAUUUAUUAGAAAGCUCGUUCCUUGUGUUAGUUUGAACAAAAUUAAUUCUGUAUAUUUAUUGAAACACCUUGAAAAUGUUUGUGAACAUAUUUUUCAAGAAAAUAAGUAUAAUGUUAAAAAACCAAUAAAGAAUUGUUUUUCUAACGUGUUUUUAAAAAAAAAAGGAAAGAAGAAAAAGAAAAUAACGAAUUCUGUAAUAAGUACUGAAAGAAGCAAUAAAAUUUUUAGGCAAGUCUAUCAAUAUUUUGACAAAGCAACAGUUUUAUUACCAGAAUUGGGUCCAAAUGGUAUCCUUAGGUUGUUAUAUGCUUUAUUAAAAGUAAAAAAUUUCGAAAGAAAUAAGGCAAAAAAAAUAACUGUUUUAAAAUACAUUGAAUAUUAUAUAUUAAGAAGUUCUAUAAAUGAUGAAAUUUUUAAUUUUUGGAAACAUUUUACAAUAAAUGAUGCAGUAUUACUAUUUAAAAUGUUUAUUAUGAAUGAUUACUUUUCUUAUGAUUUACUUAAUACAUUAACUAAUAAGAUAAUUGACAAUAUAAAAUGUUCUGUUCCAUCUGAUAUAGUUAUAUUUUUGUCUGCAUAUCAUACGUAUAAACAAAAAAUAAAAUAUAAGAGAUAUAAAAUAAAGGAGAUAUUUUUAACUUAUAAUUCUUUGAAAAUACUAUACAAUGAAGUCGUAAAUAAUUUUGAUCUUACAAAUAAGGAAAUAUGUAAUUUUAUUAUGUUUUAUUCUUUAUACGGUAAAAGUAUUUCAUUAGAUGAAAAAAUAAUGAUAUACUUUAAAGUAGUUCAGCAUAUAGAAAAAACUAUGUUAAUUUAUUCACCUGAGCAAAUUAAAAAUCUAAUUAUAAGUUUAUUUAGAAUUCAUAACUUUACAUUUGAUAACACUUUUAAUGAAAACAUAUAUAAAUGUUAUGAUAAAACUUUAACGAAUGAAAUAUUAAAGAAAUUAUUCAAAUUAUAUAAUUAUCGCAACAUAGAUGUAAAAAUAGAAGAUGAAUUAAAUAUUUUAGAUCAAUCAUUAAAAAACAAAUAUUACGAUUAUAAUAGUUUAGAAGAUAUGAUAUUUAAUAUAAAAAAUAAUAUCUCAAAUUUAAAAAAUAAAAAUCAAAUAAAAUAUAUUAAUUUAGUUAUAAAAUUGCUAAAUGUAUACAGAAACGAAAAUAAUAUACAUAUUUCUUCACAGAAAAAAUUUAACUAUUUUAUGCUAAGACAUAUUUUAAGUGAAUCUUUGUCUUUUUUUAAUCUAAAAUAUAAGUUUUUACCAUGGAAUCUUAUGCAUAUUGUUUUAAAAUAUCAAUUAAACGAUGCUAAAAAAAUUUUGCCAUACAAAUAUGAACUAAAAACAUGA